UUAAUCAAAUAUUCGAUAAUUAUACGGUAAACUGUUGAGGUGGCGAGUUGUGCCGUGUGGACUGCUAUGCCAAGCGCCCGCUAGUAUAUAGCUAGACCCUGGGGCAUUUCAUUAUUCGGACACACCAUACACAGGAAGCCACUUCGCAAACGCAACUAGCUUGCUAGCAAGACACGGCCAUGUGUUCCUAUGCCAGCGGCGAGAACGAGCCGAAGGCCCCCAGCGGCGGCGGCGGGAGCCACGUGCUCCUCCUGCCGUACCCGAGCCAGGGCCACGUCCACCCGAUGCUCCAGUUCGCCAAGCGCCUGGCGCUCCACGGCCUGCGCCCCACGCUGGCCGUCACCCGCUUCAUCCUCGCCACCUGCGCGCCCGACGCCGCCGCGCUGGGCGCGGUCCGCCUCGCCGCCGUCUCGGACGGCUUCGACCGCGGCGGGUUCGGCGAGUGCGGCGACGUGACCGCCUACCUGUCCCGGCUCGAGGACGCAGGGUCGGGGACGCUGGCGGAGCUCCUCCGGGACGAGGCCGCGCGGGGACGCCCCGUCCGGGCGGUGGUCUACGACGCGUUCCUGCCGUGGGCCCGCGGCGUGGCCCGGCGCCACGGCGCCGCCGCCGCGGCCUUCUUCACGCAACCGUGCGCCGUCAACGUGACCUACGGCCACGUGUGGUGCCGCCGGGUGGGCGUGCCGGUGCCGGUGGAGGGGGAUGGGAUUGUCCGCCUGCCAGGGCUGCCGGCGCUCGAGCCGGAGGGCCUGCCGUGGUUCCUCAGGGUCGGGCCCGGCCCGUACCCGGCCUACUUCGAGCUGGUGAUGCGCCAGUUCCAGGGCCUGGAGGAAGCCGACGACGUGCUCGUCAACUCGUUCUACGAGCUGGAGCCCGAGGAGGCGGAGUACAUGGCGUCGGCGUGGCGCGCCAAGACGAUCGGGCCAACGGUGCCGGCGUCCUACCUCGGCGACGACCGCCUACCGUCCGACACCAAGUACGGCCUCCACCUCUUCGAGCUGACCGCCGCGCCGUGCGUCGCCUGGCUGGACGCGCACCCGCCGCGCUCCGUGGUGUACGCCUCCUUCGGCAGCCUGUCCGACCUCGACCCGCUGGAGAUGCGGGAGGUCGCGAGCGGCCUCCUCGACGCCGGCCGGCCGUUCCUCUGGGCCGUCCGCUCGUCGGAGUCCCACAAGCUCCCCGCCGGCUUCGGGGACGCCUGCGGCCGGCACGGCGGGAUGGUGGUGUCGUGGUGCCCGCAGCUGGAGGUACUGGCGCACCGCGCCGUGGGGUGCUUCCUGACCCACUGCGGGUGGAACUCGACGGUCGAGGCACUGGUGGCCGGCGUGCCGAUGGUGGCCGUGCCGCAGUGGACGGACCAGCCCAUGAACGCCUGGUACGUGGAGUCCGCGUGGCGCGCCGGCGUGCGGGUGCAGCCGGCCGCGGCCGACGGGCUCGUGCGGAGGGGCGAAGUGGCCAGGGGCGUCGAGGAGGUGAUGGGCGGCGAGAGGAGCGGCGAGUACAGGCGCAACGCCGCCGCGUGGAUGGAGAAGGCCAGGGCGGCGAGCAGGGAGGGCGGCAGCUCGGACAGGAACAUCGCAGAGUUCGUGGCCAAGUACUCCUCCAAUUCCAAGUGAUCAGAGAAAUUAUUUGCGAGAACAAUGAUCUGUGUAUUUGAUAUGGUAGUGUAUAGCUUUUUCCAUA